AUGGGUGGCCAGCUUUCCAAGGUUAUGAGCAAGAUCUUCGGAUCCAAGGAGAUGCGACUGCUGAUGCUGGGCCUCGACGCCGCCGGUAAAACAACGAUCCUGUACAAGCUUAAGCUGGGCCAGGACGUCACCACCAUUCCCACUGUCGGCUUCAACGUCGAGACCGUCACCUACAAGAACGUCAAGUUCAACGUCUGGGAUGUCGGUGGUCAGGACAAAAUCCGUCCCUUGUGGAGGCACUAUUUCAGCGGCACCCAAGGCCUCAUCUUCGUCAUUGACUCCUCCGACCGCGCUCGCAUGGACGAGGCUCGACAAGAACUGCAUCGCAUUAUCAACGACCGAGAAAUGAAGGACAGCCUGCUGCUGGUCUUUGCCAACAAGCAGGAUCUCAAAGAAGCCAUGUCACCCCAAGAAGUCACCGAAGCUCUGCAGCUCUCCAAGCUCAAGGACAAGGUCUGGUACGUUGUGCCCAGCUGUGCCACCACCGGCGAGGGUCUCCUCGAGGGUCUGGCUUGGCUGUCCAACAACGUCAAGGCCCCCGCCGCGCCCGUCAAGAAAUAA